AAAAGAUUUUACCUUCAAUAACUGAACUAAAAGACACCAAAACUGCUCAAAAUUGAGGUCAACUUUCAGAAUGAAGGUGAUUGUGUUGUUUGUGUUUGUGCUGGGUGCGCUCUCUGCAGCAGGUGAAGAUUUCUUUGCAAAAGUCGGGCAGAAAGUCACAUUGAACUGUGGAGUCAGCAGCUACACACGCUCUCUGCAGUGGCGUCAUAUAAAUGACCUUCUUCAUAGUGUUGAUCAGAGAGGCUACCCUCGCAAAGGCUAUGUUGAACUUGUGCGGAGGUCAGUCGUGAGACAGAUGAAUCUGGAAAUCUCCAGUGUGACAGAAACAGAUGCUGGACGGUUCACAUGUUUCGCAGAUGGGACACGUCAUAACCAUUCACUUGUUGUGUUCUCAGUUUUGGCCUCCGUCAAACCCUCUGCUGUUCUCGAGCUAAACAAUGAGGCAAGGCUCAGGUGUGAGGUGAAAGGUCAGCACCAAGGUUGUGAAGUGAAGUGGAGAAGUCCAAAUACAUAUUCACUCACAAAUACAUCAACAGUUCAACUCAAACCUGUAAAAACCUCACAUAACGGGGCCUGGGAGUGUAUCAUCACCUGUGGCAGGAAUACAUUUAGUGAGCCUCUGGCCAUCACAGUACGAGAGCCUCCAACUACAACAACUCCACCAACCACCCUGAAGAACGUCACAUUAUUUGUAACGAGUGUUCAGGGUACUGCCAACGAUUGCCCACUGGGACUCUCCUGUUGGAUGUGGUUUGCGAUUGGGGUGUGCUGCCAGUUUGGGAUGCUGAUGAUAGUUUGUGUCACUGUCUUGUGUAAGUGUAUGAGAAGAAGGAAAGUAUGAGAGGAAAGGCGUUCAUCAAAUAUUUAUGUGUAGGUGUGAUAGCUUAUGAUAAAAGAAACCAAAAGAAAAUGGGUUAAAGACCUCCUGCACCAUUGUGUGUACAGA